AAAAUUCUACACUCCUUGGAUGCCCAGUGCGAACGGCAAGGUGAUGAUGGUCAUCCGAUCGUUGUCGACUAUGGAGGUACACUGUUAUGGUCGCAUCGAACACAGAACCUUAUUUUCUCGGGUACUUUCUGGGGUUCACUGAUUGUGAUCGGCCCGUCGAUGCUCAUCUGGCAUCGUUGCUCACCACGUAUCGUGCUUAUAACCGCAAUGAUUUCAUACGCAGUGGUGACCUUUGCCACGCCCUUUCUGGCUGUCCAUCUUGGUCCUAUCGCCGUCUUCACUGCACGAGUCUUCAUGGGAUUCGGAGAGGUGAAUACCUACAUACCUAACCUUUACCGGACUUUUAUGAAUGGUUUCGUGAUACCAUCCUUCAACGCACUGAUCUCCAACUGGUUCCCAGUUGAUGAAAGAAGCACGGUCCUGGCAGUCUACACUACCGGCAAUCAAUUCGCAGGAGCUGUUGGCAAUCCAGUAGCAGCUGCAUUAUGCGCAUCGUCGUUUGGUUGGCCAAGUGUCUUCUAUACUAUCGGUCAGUUGAAUUUUAUUAAGAAUCACCGCGAAAAGACAAAA